CCAUUUUGACAGUUUCUCAGUCAAUUUGUAUAUCUCCGGAAGAACAACUUAUGAUUUUAAGUGUAUCUCUAUUGGGGAUUCAUAUGUUGGUUUAUCGGGCGUGAAACUACUUGUUAAUGUUUUGGUUUAAUCAAAGUGUUUUACAACCAAAACUGUGACGUUUAAUCACAUUAACUGGUUUAAGUUUCAGGUCAAAUAUAUUGGAGGCUUACGUUGUUAAUCAAGGGCGAGUGAUCUUCCUGAUUCAGCAUCUUCUGGCAGUGAACAAAAUCAUGACAGUCGUAAAGAAAGCGCCGACAUCGACCUGAAUAAAUUAUUUGGAAUAUCAGAAAAAUCAAAAUCGAAAUCCGAAACUACGCCAUUGAAGAAGCAAGUGAAUCCCACCAGGACAUCAAUAGCAACAACAGGAAAUACAAUGAGUGCAGACGAAGACAAGGUAAAAAAGGCAGAUGAGUUUAUGGAUAAACCAGAAGUAACUAUUUAUCAAAGGACGAGUGACCUUCCUGAUUCAGCUCCUUCUGGCAGUGAACAAAAUCAUGACAGUCGUAAAGAAAGCGCAGACAUCGACCUGAGAAAUACAAUGAGUGCAGACGAAGACAAGGUAAAAAAGGCAGAUGAGUUUAUGGAUACACCAGAAGUAACUAUUUAUCAAAGGACGAGUGACCUUCCUGAAUCAGCUCCUUCUGGCAGUGAACAAAAUCAUGACAGUCGUAAAGAAAGCGCAGACAUCGACCUGAGAAAUACAAUGAGUGCAGACGAAGACAAGGUAAAAGAGGCAGAUGAGUUUAUGGAUAAAGUAAUAACUUUAAUGAAAGAACAUCCCAUAGUGCCACCAAGCGCACGACCAGAUAAGGCUCUCUUUGAACAAACGCACGAACUGAGGAAGCAGCUCAUGGCUGGCCAAAUUGAAAACGAGCAGCAGAAGCAGUAUGCAAAGCAGCGAUCAAUGCUGGACAUAGUGGGUUGGGUUAUAAAAUGUCGUCUAGAACGAAUUCUUGGAACACUUAAUGGUGAUCAAGCGAACCAGUUGAUUGAGCUGAUUGUUAACGGUGGUCUGGGAGGUCUAGGGAGGGAUAAAGGCACCGAUCCUCCAAAGCAGCUUAAAAUGAUGCUUGAAGAAUUGAAGCCUGAACAAGUAAAACUUAUUUUGAAUGGCUUAGAUGCGACGCAACUCAAACAAAUUUUGAGUGGAAUUGAAGGCGCCCAUCAGUUUAAAGACAUUUUCCGAAGCAUUGAUGAAGCCCAGCUCAGACAGCUAAUCAGAUUCUUAAAUGCUGAUCAGUUAAAAGACAUUUUCCGCAGCAUUGAUGAAGCCCAGCUCAGACAGCUAGUCACAAACUUAAAUGCUGAUCAGCUCACACAGAUGGUGAACCAUUUAGCAGGCGAAAAACAAGCCAAAUCCCUGAUGCAGGCGUUUGGGGGAUUGUUGCAAUAAGACCCGAUUUUGUUGACUUUUAUGUAUGGUUAGCAAAGAAGAAUGAUCUGUUAUCCGGACACUAACAUACACAAUAGCUAUAAUUUAUCAUGCAAUUUUAUUCCGCGUUGACAGGUAUCAAAUGUACGACAGUCAAAUAGUUUUUUAACAAUCACAGCACAAUUUGACUUCGCAGUUGUCAUAAUUAAUAUCUUUAUAAUAAAAAACAAUGUGCAAUAUAAUGUCAUUUUUUAAACACAAUAACAUCGGAAAGAAAUAAGUCGUCUGUUGAUCCUUUCAUUAGUUAUCAUUCAUUUAUUGUCCUCAUAUUGUUCUAUUGAUAUGAAGAGGCAUAUGUAUUAUACAAACAACAAGGUAUAUUAUUGAGUCUCGAAAAUACCCAGCAAUUACUGUGAGUGACCCUGUUUUAAGGUAAAUAUACGGUUCUUUUCUUAAAACAAUUUUUCCUCUUAACAUGAAUAAGCUAACUCUCGUUACACAAAACGGACAUACUAAGCGUUCAAAAAGGCUUGUCAUCUAAUAAAUGACUGCCAAAUAUUGAUUCAAUUCAAUCGAACAUGGUUAUUUAAUAAAGAAUUAUUAAUGUCUGGUCGGAAUCGUUUCUUGUAUUAUUGCAGAUUUCAAUGCGCCACUGUUUGACUCACAAGGAUGUGACAAUAAUUUGAUUUCGUCUGAAACAAGAAAUAAAAUAAGUUAUGCAAAUGAUCAAUUAUGCUAUACAUUUGCAGAUGUAACUUACUACGAGUGUGUAUACAUUUUGUAACAUUUGCUUCUUUUAAACGAAACUGUUAAAUGUCUAACGUAUUAUUUGUAAAUAUUAAUGAGAUAUCUUACUUAAAUGCGCUGUAUCUUUGCUUUAAUAUUAGUUUUGGCAUAUAUGAAGCGGUUAUAUUUCAUUGGCAUAUAUACAAUUUGCUUGAAUUAUUUUUCCUGUUUUGCAAUAAAAUACUGAUGUUACGCAUUUGCUGUUAUAAAAAUAAAAGAAAAAUGAAUAUGCUUAAAUAUUACCAGGAGAAUAUCUUCCUUUAACCAUAUGCUAGUCUUUUCUUUAAAAACCAUCUGGCUAUAUGAGAUUUUUUUAUUUAUUUUAUGCAUGAUUUAUUAAAAAUUAAGACACAUAUAUUAACAUGCGAUGACUAAUCAUAGAGUAUGUAUCACAUUUAUAUGGAUAUAGAGUUCAAGACAGUAUUCGUUAUUUCGUUAUUUACGCAAAACAUAACGUUCUUUAAUAUGGUGUUUAUUUAUUAAUAAUAAAUAGUUGUUUUUAAUGCUUCUUUGAUGCUGGAUUAUGCAAUUAAAUACUUCCUUUUAUACAGGCUUUGAUUUAAUUGAUAGCAUGUACAUGAGAAAAAAUACCAUCUUAUUUUGGAACUUAUGUCCAUAGCAGAUGUGUUUCUUCUUUUAAUGCCUUUAUCGUAAUGUGUUUCCGAUCUUAAGACAACAUAUCCUAAUAUAUACUUUUUCAAGAUUUAAUAAUAUAAACAUCUCAUAGACAAAAAUUGCAACCCGAGCAGAUGAAUGUCUACCUAUGCAACGAAAUUUAGGUAUAAUAAUAAGCGAUAAAUGUUUACAAAAAAACGUUACUUUGUAAUAUCACUUUAGUUGUUUCACGUAUCUGUUAAUACGUUUGAUUGACUAAUUGGUAUGUGUCAUACUGUAUAUUAUUGCUAUUUUCGAUUAUUCAAAACAUUCAUACUUUAUAUUAAGUACAUAGAAAUUGUACUUGCUUUUUUAUUACACAAUAAGGUGGGCACGUCCCUUUCACUACAUUUUUGAGAAUGAAGUAGUUGCAAUCGAUAUUGUAAACACAGAAAGAGGUUAUUUCGAUUAAAAACAAGUGUAAUAAAUGCAGUCGUAAAUUAA